CAUCAAUCUAAUGUAAAGGCUUAAAUUUGCAUACAAAAGCAUAAACACGUUAACGGUUUCGAGUAUGCGUGUGCAGUGAUAUAGGAAUAAUUGGUAAUAUGUCAAAGGUAAAGGCCCCUGACUUGUAAACAAUCCUUGUCCCGACGUUUGUCCCGAUUUGCUCAACAAUGUCAGGACGUCCUUUGUUCAUGUCUCAUAGGCCUUCACCUUUUAGAUAUUACCCAUUAUUCAUUUCACUGCACAUGCGUACUCCGUACCGUGCUUAUCACGCUCGACUCUCAAGCAAUUUUUAAAUUCGUUGAGGUUUUGGAUUCCAAUACAUUUGACCGUCGGCAGUUGCAAGUUUCUACUAUCAAAGAAAUAACGACCGGCAGGGUUUAAACUCUUGACCGACCGCACUGACUAGACCACGUACAUUAUUCCGAGGUUCACAAUUCAAAUACAAUGAUCGGUUGGUAAAUUUCUAAAGACAUUACUUAUGAUCAGGACGACGUGGCAUGCAGGGAUGUAUGCGCUAUCUGGCGAUAGCCUCUAAAAGUGCAGGAGACACUGCAAUAGCUUCAACCUGUCCAACCACUCAGUACAACUCCACCCAUCCGUCACAUAAUUGACCGGCGCGACCGCGACAAAAUUAAGGUGUGAACGUCCCGAGGAACGACACUCAGCCAAACGAACUCAAACACGACAUAUUGGCUUUGCUUUAUUUCGGUAAUUACUUUCAACCACCUUAAAAUGCUUCCGACGUCUUCAUAGAAAGGUCUUCAACCGCCAGGUGCAAGGAAGUUACAACUGUCAGUUUGGUAAAGUUUUGGUUGAGUAUACGUACGUGAUUGGUGACCUGCUCUGGUAUGUAAACAAAUAGCGGAGGGUGUAUGUCUUCAGGCCUUUCAACAUCGACAUGGUUUGCAACCUGGACGUUUCCUCUUUUUGCAACUAAAACCAUUACUCCAACUUCCAAACAAUACAGCAGAAAUUCUAAGUAUGAGAUGUAAAUGAGGAAUCCUGUAAAACCUUCACAUCCGGGGUAAUAAAUAUGAAAGCUGACGUCAUCAUCUACGUCACGGUGAUCAGCGCAUGCGCCGUUCAACAAGCUUGUGGAGCGGACAGACAAGCGUGUGACGUGUGCAGAUGUCAGAAGGAUGGCACGGUGGACUGCCGGCUGAGAAACCUGCUGUCCGUCCCGAGCGGCAUCCCGGUCACAGCCACCUCACUCCGGCUGCAGGACAACAAGCUCACCUGGCUGCUACCGGGCACUUUCCAGUCGCUGGACAAGUUGGAGUCCCUGGACCUGCAGCAUAACCAGCUGGAGAGGAUUGACCCUGGCGCGCUGGACGGACUCACGGCGCUGGUCACGCUGGACAUCUCCUACAACAGGCUGACCAGUCUACCCGCAGGCGUGUUUGUGAGUCUGACGUCAUUACAGGUGCUGAAGGCUCAGAAGAACGAAAUCGUUGAGGUAAAUAUAGAGGCCCUGGCCGGUCUGGAGAUGCUACCACACCUGCAACAUGUUCACCUGGACAACAACCUCAUCUCUCACCUACCCUGCGAACACCUGGACGUCGUGCCGGCGCGAGUCUUCCUCCACUUCGGCGGGAACCCUCUCCGCUGCGACUGCCUGGACGUGGUGAGCCACCCGCCGUGCCUCACACGGGACAACCUCGCUGCUGAGUGCACCGCGCCGCAUCUACUGAGGGGCCAGCCAUCCCAAGACCUACAGAGGACCUGCGGCAUGUUGUUCUGGUGCUUCUUUGCUUGCGGUUUGUCGUUCCUCAUCCUGGGUGCGUCCAUGUCGUAUGUCUUCUUCCGUAGGACUAAACGCGUCGUGUGCAACCUGUACAACUGUAAGUUCAGAUUCGUGCAUCCGAGGAGGGCAACGCCCGCCUGGCAGUGAGCUGUUUGCAACCACGUGACUAUCACGUUAUGAAACGUCAGCCAUGUUGGUGGGUUAAGAACCUUAAAAAAUGCAUGUGAAAGAUUUUUAAGUAUCAUUUACAACUGUAACUUCAUAUUCGUGCGGGCAAGGGCAAUCCUUGCCUGGCAAUCAGCUGCUUGCAAAUCAUGUGAUCAUGACGUCAUCUAGACUCGGCCAUGUUGGUGGGCUAAGGAGGACUGGGAGUUGUUGUUUUUUUCAAUCAGAAAGAUUUAAAAGAUCAUUUCAAACUUUCACUCGACUUCAUAAUCUAGAAUCCUAAGAGGACAACGUCCGUCUUGGAACUAAGUGAACUUUGUUUUCAAGUUGCCAACCACGUGACCAUGGCGUAAUCAAAUGUCGACCAUAUUGGCGGCCUAAGAAGGCCUGUAAGAUUUUUAUUAUGAGAGUGAAAAAAAAGUUUUAAAAGAAACUUUACCAUUUUUACUGCUUGCAAAUCACGGGAUCGUAACAUCAUCAAGUAACCGUUUUUUAGUUGGUUAUUUCAAGGAGGUUAAAAAUCAAGAAAAAAUCAAUUUUCAUCCUCCUUGGUUAUUUUAAGAAGGCCUGUUUUAAUGGAACAUUUUACAGUUGUCAAUUUAGACGGGUAAAUCCGAUGGUGACAACUUACUUGCUUUUAUGAAUAAGGUGACUAUGAUGUAAUUCUGCGUCGGCCAUAUUGGUGGGUAAAAAGCACGUGAUAAGGGACCAAAAGGCUUUGAGUGUGAAACUGUGUGUGCAAUUUUUUGCAUUUUGCGACUUGCAGUCGCAAAAUGCCUUCUAUCCAUAGUAGUCGCCGUUGUGAUGUUGAGAUGAACGGACCUGUUCAAUCCAUGCCAAACAUUUGUAUACCUGUUAAAACAGGCAUUUCC